GAAAAGACCGCCGACCACUUGUUUUGGCGGCAUUCGAAAUAAGUCAGCGUACCAGGCAAAACCUCCGAAUCGUUUAGAAAUACUUUGAAAAUAUAGACACAUUUUUCUUCGGGAUUUCAACAUUUUUUUCAGUUGUUAUGGCGCUAUCGGUCCGGUGGACGUUGGUGGUGAUGUCGGCGACGGUGAUGGUGUCGGCGGGCAGCGUGGGGCGGCGGGCGGCAGUGGAAAAACGGCAGGCGCCCACGGAAGGUGACUUCACAGACAGGUCGUCGGACGGAUCGUACGCGUUCCGGUACGCUGACAGGAACCAGUUCCACUCGGCCGCUGCCAAUAAGGACAACGUCGUGUCCGGAAGGUUUGGCUCCAGGAGUCCCGAAACCGGUCGAAUCGUGCAAACGUCGUAUUCGUCCGGGCCCCGCGGUUUCCGCGCCCGUGGGCCGGACAUUGCCAGACAGACAGACCUGUCCCAAGUCCGUCUGCCCUACAACCCACCCGUGCCCACAGAUUCGUCCAAAUACGACCCGGCCUACGACCGAUACUACGACCCAAACGAAGACCCAAGCUACAAGUUCACCGUCCGGACGCCCACGCAAUCGAAAUCCGAAACCGCCGAUUCCAGGGGCCACGUCGAAGGCGUAUACUCGUACUUGGACGAUGUCGGCAAGAGACACGACGUUCAGUACGAGGCGGGCGCCGGUACCGGAUUUCACGUCAAGUCACCCCACCCGGACUCGGACACGUACGGCGGUGUGUUCUACAACGGUCCACCUGGCAAGCCCGGCGGCCGGCCACGCGGCCACUCGUCUAUCGUGCUCGGCAAGGAUGGCUCGUACGGGUUCACUGCGUCCGGGCCGGACCAGCGGCGGUCCGAGGUGAGCGACUCCAACGGCCGCGUGCAGGGCUCUUACACUUAUGUGGACGACAAGGGCGUGCAGCGAACGGUGCAAUACGUGGCUGGGCCCAACAUCGGUUACCGAAUUGUCAACAACGCAGCGGCCGGAGGCGCGGCUGCGGCGCCGUCGCUCCCGGGCAGCAGUGUGGUCGUCGGUGGCGUCGGCGGCGUCGGUGGCAUCGGUGGCGGCGGUCUGGUGGUGCCCGUGCCGCCGUCCGUGUUGCCCCCGUUGCAGUUGAUCUCGUCGUCGUCGUCAACGCCGCUGCCGCCGGUCGCGUUCGAGCCGCAGGACUUGUUCGGGCCUGCGGCCAGCACGUCCGCACCGCUCCCCGACCGCCGGCGGCCCGAGCCACCAGUCAAAGGCUUCGGUGGCAAUGGCGGCAGUGGCGGCCUGUCCGACGAAUUCCUGUCACCAGACAGCAAGCUGCCGCUAGGUUCGGCGUUCCCGGAGGACGAUCCCGCGCUGCCGCCCAAGAAGUGGCCCUCCACGUACAAGAACAAAGACGAAGAAUCGUUCUUCCAGUCGUUCGAGAAGUUCGACAAGCGAAACCCGCCGAAGAAGGGCUACCACGCGGUGCCGGCGGACACGACGUCAUCCUACGGCCAGUCGACGACCGGCGCGUACGGCCUGCUGCAGCCGCAGUCGUCCACCGGCAGGCCGAUUGGGCCGCCGGACGCGGCGUACGGCCAACCGUCCCGGCCGAUAGUGGUGGACGACAAGUACGGGCAGUACGGCGGCACUGACUAUCAGAAGCCCAAAGACGACGGCGUCCCGAACACUUUCGGUGGGUUUCCGACCGGUGCCGUGGUCAAAGCCCACGUCCAGAGUCUGGACAUAUUGCCUUUCGGAUACAGGGUGCCGUCACCGUCGUACGUUCUCGAAAAACAGUUCGGCAACGGCGACGACUUUCAGAAUUCGAUCAAGAAAUAAAACGGUGCGUGGGCCGUCCACGCCAUAAUAAUUAUUAUAAUUGAGUAUAGAUACUAUAUAGAUAGGUACUAUAAUCUAUACACAAUGUUAUUAUAUACACGUAGUUGAUAAUUGUAUUAUUAUUUUUAUUAAUGUAUAAGUUCCUGGCCAUGAUGAGGUUUGUUGUUUUUCAAACGCGUGUACGUUAUUCUUGAUUUACGUCAAUAUACUAUUAUAUUGAGUAUUGACCAUCAUCGACAUGGUAUAAUAUUAUUGACGCGUGUCAAUAAUCCAGACCUAAUGCUAGCGUAUUGUUUCGAAAGUAAAAUAUACAAUAUUUGGAAAAAUACUAAAUAGUGUAUAAUAUUUUUAAAUACGAUUGUGUAACGUCAUAAUUUAAUUAUUGAUCAAAAUUAGACAAUUAGGACGAAUUAUAAUAGGUAGUAUAUUUUAAGAAGGCCACUCGCAGUAAUUAGUAAUUAGGUACCAGUAUAAUAUUAUCGUGCACUAAAUUAUAAUACGCCUAUAUAUAUUGUGUAUAAAAUGUAUUAUUAUUUAUUAAUUAAUAAUGACAUAUAGGUAUAGUACAUAAUAUACUUCCAUAUAUACUUGUAAUUUUUCACUAUUAAAUGAAAAGUAAUACGAAA